AUGGAGAAAACAAUGAUGUUUACAUUCUUCCUUGCUGCACUAUUCUCAACAAAUUUCUUCACAGGUUCUUCUAAGCCAGUGCUUGACACGGAGGGCUAUCCAGUUCGACCCGGCGUCAAGUACUACAUACUUCCACCUUCCCCGGGCGCAGGGGCCGGCCUUACUUUAGCAACCAACAAAGGCGAAUGUCCCUACGAAAUCGUUCAAAUUGUGAGCGAGCCCUCCAAUGGCCUUCCCGUUACCUUUUCCCCUGCCAAUGCACGCGACAGAGUUAUCCAACUCAACAAUGAUUUGAAUAUAAAAUUCACUGAUUUUCAGCAGAAGGAGACGACAUGCCACGAAUCCCAGGUCUGGAAAUUCGACUCCAGCCAGCAACAGGAAGCGGGUUCGUUCGUGACAGUUGGUGGAGUUGAAGGGAGACCUGGGCCAGAAACUUUGCCCAUCUGGUUCAAGAUUCAGAAGGAACGUAAUAAUUACUAUAAGAUUCAGUACUGUCCGUCAGUUUGCAGAAGGUGCAGGGUUAUGUGUGGCGAUGUUGGUCCGGUAUUCCAAGAUAAUAGAAAACGUUUGGCUGUGAACACAUCCCCGCUCAGCGUUGUCUUCAAGAGGGCAUAA